UUGCCAGACCUUGACUAUCAGACUCUGAUAUCACGUGAUCAAAUUUUUUUUCCUUCAGUGGGUGUAUUAUGAUGCCACUUCUGGGGAGAUUCAAUCACCGUUGGAUGAGUUGCCGGUGCUGCAUACCGCAUUCGUCCAAACUGGCGAGGAACUUCACUACUUCAGUGAAUCGGGCAAAAUGGAAAGCGACAUGGUAGUGGGACACAGGGUCCAAUCGGAGGUAUCAGCUGGAGGAGGAGUAGUAGCUAAGUUAAAGUUGGUUGUGGAGAAAAAUUACAAUGUGCGUAAACAGAACGGUGAAAACUCGUUACCGAUAGAGUUUGAUCCACCGUUCUUAGAUUUCGGCGACGGUGCUGUGGGGUCUUCAUUGAAAAAACGCGUUUUUCUUCGAAGCCAUUUUCAUAGAUCCAUCAUUUUGGAUUCUAUUGGUGGUGCCACUGAAAUUCCUCCACUCGGAUCAGCAUUCUUUGAUGUCGCAUUUCUUCCUCGUGAUGAAGGAAGCGCCAACGUUGCUAUAAAUAUACGAACCUCUGUUGGCACGUUUACAUAUGAACUAUCAGGUCGUUCUUCAUCAAAUCCUUAUCGGAUCGCUCCAUUCGUUGGUACUCGUUUGCCGUUCAACGGCACAAUAUUUAAAGAUGUUACUCUUCAUAACCCUUUCGCAAGCACUUUUAGAAUAACUGAAAUAAUGUCAUCAGGGGGUAAUCUCCAUAUAGAAAUGCCAUACGAUAUUGACGGGAAGGUUGCUGGCGAACAUUUGGAGUAUUGGGAUAUCCAUCCCUUCCAAACGAAGACAAUCUGUCGCUCCGUAAUUGUUGGACAUACUGUGGAGAACAAUACAAAUUUUAUUCGAGUAGAAGGCUCACUUCUUGAUGACGAUGGGAAAGAUGGUGUUCAACAUUCCAUUAUUCUUCCGAUACCCAUAGAAGUAAAUAGGCGUCGUGGAGUUUUUACCACCAAGGAUAUUUUGGAUUUUGGUAUCUUAAGGCAAGGCGAAAGGUCUCAAUAUCAGAUGCUGUCCGUGUAUCAGUAUAUGCUGAACGGAAGGCUUGAAUUUGAGACCUUAUAUGUCGACAAAGGUGAUCCUACUGGAAUUUACAUGGAAUUUGCUUCUACACCGCCUAUUGCUGUUUUGCCUGGAAAAAAUUCACAGCCAGGCAAACCUUCGGACUUAGUAAAAGUAUUCUUCGAUGCUUCACGAAUUACACUUGAUUCAAAACGUCCGAGUGCUCGUAAAAUCCAUGGGCGAAUAAUAGCCUUAAGUCGUGGAGGGAACUACAACGUUACCAUUCCAUUUCGUGUCAUCGUUUAUCAAGGGGACAUAAUUUCAGUUGGUAAUGAUCUUGCUCUGCAAGAAAGUGUAAGGCCACCACAUAAGCGCAGUGUUCGACUACAUAAUGCGUUACCUUUUUCUGUAGCAAUUUGGAACAUUUCAAUUUCAUCAGAUGUGCGCUUAUUCAACAAAACAACUGUUAUUGGUGUGAACGAAGAGCAACCGGUGUUUCUGUUGAAGUACAUUAAGCGUGUUCCGGAUACUUUUGGCCAAGCCGUCCUGUAUGUACACACGAAUGUUUCUAUCUUUAGAGUCUACCUGUGGAAGUAUUCUGGUAAGGUUCAGGUUGAGUUGUUCUCUGUCGAUCAGGAGUCAUUUGAUUUCGGUCUGUUGGAAAAAAACGACCCCCGAACUAUACGAGUAAGCGAAAUCUUUUAUUCUUAUUAUCCUUCGAAUUUUUUGCGUAGCUACUUAGUUUUUGGUGCGGAUUUAGAGAUUCCACCACAUAGUGCUGCAUUCUUGGACUUCGAACUGAGGUUGCUUGUGAAUGCAUCAUUUCUUCCUUCACAAAUGAUUAUUGCUACUGAGUUCGAGCACAGGGUUUUUCCUGUAAAGUUUGAGGUCAGGAAGACAUAUAUUGCGCCGGGAAGUUUGACAUCGAUUCCAGACCGCAUUUCAUUUGGGAAAACACACCCCGGAAAAGUCGUCUAUAUGAAUUUACAGAUAUUCAACUCCUUUACGGAAGACAUGAAGGUAACCCGUUUGUCAACAACAUCAAGGGAUCCACGUUUCUUUUUUGAAGGGUUUGAUCCUGCUAAUCCACCGGUACUGAGAUCUGGACGCCUAACUAACCUGGGACGCAUAAUGUUUCUUCCUGAGACACCAUGUUCGCAUGAGUACUGCUAUCUUGGUCUUCCUCUCCACACGACUGAUGGGCAGUGGUUCGUCCAUGGUCUAACAUUGCCGCCAAAUUUGGCGGAAGUUGAUAGCUACCUUUACAAGAGACAACGAGCUCGUUUUGAGAACCUUGUUAAGAGUGGUAAAUAUCGAGUCAAUACAACUGUUGUAAUCGACACUGAUCGUGCGAAAAACAUCCAGAUUGAAUCCACUGCUGAGAUGGUCUGGCCACGUCUUCUCACUCGAAAUUCGGUGCAUUUUCCACUCACUGCACUUGGAAAUUUUACGAUAGUCAACCUCACACUGGCAAAUCCCACUUCAGUGCCAAUAGUGGUCCAGGUUAUUCCAUUAGUGAUUUAUCCGGAUGCGGAUGCAGCAGUAGAGUUCUUUCGUGAGCACCUCAUGACACCUCUAACAUCUGAGGUGGAGAUGAACGAAACAUUGAUGUUCUCACUCCGUGACACCGAAUUGUUCACAUUGAAACCAGAUAGUCCAGUUCCUCGACUCCGUGAAGAACUUGAGGCUGCUAUACCUCAAACGGUGCCGAGGUUCACUUUAUCAUUGCUUUUGAAACCUCACAUGAAAGUACGUCUACGACUUGGUUUCCUACCGUCGGAUUACACUUUACGCUCAUCGUUGUUACUCAUUAGGAACAACCUAACAGCAAUUGAACCAGUUGUUGUGUACGGCAGAGGUGCGCGUAUAGGGAUGCGUGUGGAACACAUGGAGGCCCGUUCUAAACAACCGCUACUAUUUGAAAUUCGUCAUGAUCACCUCAGCGAUUGCAACAAUCCCAAACGGCUAAUGCAUAAGCUGAGCUCCACUCUUACUGUGCGACGACCUUUUUUGGUACUGAAUUCUGGAGAGGUGCCGUUUACUGUUGUGAAUAUGAGUAUAAGUGGUGUACCAUGCGAAAAUCGUGGCUUUCGUAUUCUCAACUGUUAUCCGUUUCGUCUCCAACCCAAUGAGACAUAUUCUCUUGAUGUUGCGUACACACCCGAUUUCCUCACGACAACGAAUGAGGCAGACCUUCAGCUAUAUAUGCACAUGAAUGGCAGUUCAUGGUUAUUUCCACUAGCGGCCACGGUUCCAGAAGAUAUGAUGGCAAGAUGUCAUCGUGCGCUUCCAAGACCACCGUUCGAAAAUCUUAUGUACUAUAGUUGUGUGACAGCGCUUAUCUUCUGUCUGGUUUGUGUGUUGGCAUGUGCGUAUCUCGAAGGUGACAGGGCCAUAGCGUGCGCUAUCCGACAACAUCAUACCGUACCGCGACCUGUUUUCGAUUUAAAUAACAUCGAUGCGAGAAAAAGUGACGGCACAUCAGUAAGCCGCGACAGCAGAGUGAAAAUUUCAGGUUUUGCUUCACUCCUUUUUUCUCCGAGCUCUUAUUUUAAUAAUGAAAUUAUUAGACUCUGUCGGGGUGACGAAUCUCCCUGCCGUACAUCGCAGCCCGAUACCCAGGAACACCUGCCAGCUACGAUGAGACUUAUUUUUACUACAUGUUGA